GCCCGGCGAUGCGAGCGCAUCCUCCCGGCGCCACGUGCUCGCUGAGGGCGGUGCUAGGGGCCGAGCCGACAAAAUGUUCUUGCUGCCUCUUCCGGCAGCGGGACGAGUCGCUGUCCGACGUCUCGGGGCGAAGCGCUUCUGGAGUCGAGGUUUUGCUGCCGCAGACAUGACGAAGGGCCUUGUUUUAGGCAUCUAUGCCAGAGAAAAAGAAAAUGACGCGCCCCGGUUUACAAGUGCAGGAGAGAAUUUUGAUAAAUUGGUGUCUGGAAAGCUGAGAGAAGUUUUGAACAUAUCUGGACCACCACUGAAGGCAGGCAAAACCCGAACUUUUUAUGGUCUGCAUGAGGACUUCCCCAGCGUGGUGGUGGUUGGCCUUGGCAAAAAGGGGGCUGGCGUGGAUGACCAGGAAAACUGGCAUGAAGGCAAAGAAAACAUCAGAACAGCCAUUGCAGCGGGGUGCAGGCAGGUUCAAGACCUGGAGCUCUCUUCUGUGGAGGUGGAUCCCUGUGGAGAUGCCCAGGCAGCUGCGGAAGGGGCCGUGCUUGGUCUCUACGAGUACAGUUGCCUAAAGCAGAAGAAGAAGGUGGUCGUGGCGGCAAAGCUGCAUGGAAGCGGUGACCAGGAAGCCUGGCAGAAAGGGGUCCUCUUUGCUUCUGGGCAGAACUUGGCACGCCAGCUGAUGGAGACGCCUGCCAAUGAGAUGACGCCAACCAAAUUUGCUGAAGCUAUUGAGAAGAACCUCAAAAGCGCUAGUAGUAAGACAGAAGUCUACAUCAGACCCAAGUCUUGGAUUGAGGAACAGGACAUGGGAUCAUUUCUAAGUGUGGCCAAAGGAUCCGAUGAGCCUCCAGUCUUCCUGGAAAUUCACUACAAAGGCAGCCCCAAUGAAAGUGACGCUCCCCUGGUGUUUGUCGGGAAGGGAAUUACCUUUGAUAGUGGUGGCAUCUCCAUCAAGCCGUCUGCAAAUAUGGACCUCAUGCGGGCUGACAUGGGAGGGGCAGCCACCAUAUGCUCAGCCAUCGUGUCUGCCGCCAAGCUCGGUCUGCCCCUCAACAUCAUCGGGUUGGCCCCGCUUUGUGAAAAUAUGCCCAGCGGUAAGGCCAACAAGCCUGGGGAUGUCAUCAGAGCCAAGAGUGGGAAGACCAUCCAGGUGGAUAACACGGAUGCCGAGGGGAGACUCAUCCUGGCUGAUGCGCUCUUCUACGCACACACCUUUAACCCCAAGGUCAUCAUCGAUGCGGCCACCCUAACAGGUGCCAUGGACAUAGCUCUGGGGUCCGGCGCCACUGGGGUCUUCACCAAUUCGUCCUGGCUGUGGAACAAGCUUUCUGAGGCCAGCAUUGAAACAGGGGACCGCGUCUGGAGGAUGCCUCUCUUUGAACAUUAUACACGACAGGUUGUGGAUUGCCAGCUUGCUGAUGUUAAUAACAUUGGAAAAUAUAGAUCCGCUGGAGCAUGCACAGCUGCAGCGUUCCUGAAAGAAUUUGUGACUCAUCCAAAGUGGGCACAUUUAGACAUCGCAGGUGUGAUGACCAACAAAGAUGAGAUUUCGUAUCUGUGCAAAGGCAUGACUGGGAGGCCCACGAGGACUCUGAUAGAGUUCUUGGUUCGGUUCAGUCAAGACAGUGCUUAGUGCAGACACUCUACUGAAAGCUCCUUUUUCUGUCUUAAAUGGGCAGUUGAGCUUCAAAAUAUUUUGCAAUGGAUAAAAACCUUUUAAAGGAAACAAAUGAUGGUAUUUUAAAAUGUAGAACAAAAUGAAAUUUGUAUGCCUUGGGUUUGUUUUUUCAUUUUUAUGCAGAGAUUGUAAAAUAGAAAGCUAGUAUGUUGCUUGGCAAAGAUUUUUAAGAUAUCCUAUAAAUG